AUGACCGAAGAAGCUCCAGCUAAAACCAGUCGGAUGCCAUGGGUUGAGAAAUAUCGGCCAUCGAAAUUAGAUGAUUUGAUAUCACAUGAAGAAAUUAUAUCGACAAUUAAUCGAUUCAUAAACCAAAAACAAUUACCCCAUCUACUGUUCUAUGGACCUCCGGGUACGGGUAAGACCAGUACGAUUUUGGCAUGUGCCAAACAAUUGUAUACUCCGGCACAAUUUAAAUCAAUGGUCUUGGAAUUGAACGCCUCCGAUGAUCGUGGUAUUGGUAUUGUUCGUGGACAAAUAUUAAAUUUUGCCUCAACACGUACCAUCUUUAGUGGAACCUUCAAAUUGAUUAUAUUGGAUGAGGCAGAUGCUAUGACAAAUGAUGCCCAGAAUGCUCUACGUCGUAUCAUUGAAAAAUAUACAGAAAAUGUACGAUUUUGUGUUAUCUGUAAUUAUUUGAGCAAAAUUAUACCGGCUGUACAAUCAAGAUGUACACGUUUUCGGUUCGCCCCAUUGACACCGGAACAAAUUUUGCCACGUUUGGACAAAAUUAUUGAAAUGGAAAAAUUAAAUGUCACCGAAGAUGGUAAGAAGGCCUUGAUGGUUUUGUCCAAGGGUGACAUGCGUAAAGUACUGAAUGUCUUACAAAGCACCAGUAUGGCCUUCGAUGAGGUCAACGAAGAUAAUGUCUAUACAUGUGUGGGUCAUCCAUUGCGUCGAGAUAUUGAAAGAAUCCUUGAGACGUUGUUGUCAUGCAAAAGCUUUGAGGGUGCUUAUGAUGAAAUCCAAAGUAUCAAAUCUGUCAAAGGUCUGGCCCUAGAUGACAUUCUAACGGAAUUACAUUUGUUUAUUAUGCGACUGGAACUUCCCAUGAGCGUCAUGAAUAAAAUUAUCAUAAAAAUGGCUUCUAUAGAAGAACGCUUGGCCAAGGGCUGUACAGAAGGACCCCAAAUUACUGCAUUGAUUGCAGCAUUUUUCAUAAAUCGAGAUCAUGUUACAUUAGAAAGUUAAAUAUCGCAAAAAACAUUAUUUUGUUUCUAUGUGUAAGUUAUGUUUAAUAAAUAUU